AUGAACGGCAGCGCGACGACGGUGAACGGCGGCGCCGUCAACGGGGCCAGCGGCGCCCUGAACGGGAUCGGGUCCGCGCCGCGCACGGCCACCCUGGGCACGCCGGGCGGCUACGCGUACACGUCCAGCGGCUCGCUGCUCGGCAGGGGCGCGGCGAGGCCCGUGCCACCGCCGACGUUGCCGAAGUACAGCGGCUCGUUCAGCGCCGGCAGCGCCAGCUCGACCGGACUCCGCGAGCGCGACAGGGAGGGCGCCGGCGGCUCGCACCGCCUGGCCAGCCUCGAGCGGCUGGCCUUGAGGCAGCGCAUCAUCGAGCAGAGCUCCAACAAUCAGGUGUCGGCCACGACCGCCCCCAACACCGCGCCGGCGAAUAGCGGGCCCACCGCGGCCACGGUCACCCUUACCGACACCGCCACGGUGAGUCCGCGCACCCCUCCGACAGUUCCCCCAAUCGCUAAGGCAGCGCACCCCACGAAGGGAAGUUUUGUUAUUUUAAUACAGCCCUCU